CAGGGGACAACCGUGUGCAGCUUGAUAAUCGGACUUCAGGACGGGUAAACUCCAAUUUUCCUUCUCAUUGUUUCAUGAUACUGUCGCCACCAUGCCGCAUACGACGCUGACCAACGGCACCUCUGCACCCAGUGCCGACGUCAUUGAAACACCUUUACUCAUUGUCGGCGCCGGACCAGCGGGUGCUUCGCUAGCAUGUUUUCUUUCAGCGCCGCCUUAUUCCAUGACGGGUUUGCUCAUAUCCGCAGCACCCACGACAUCGCAAACACCUAGAGCACAUAUCACCAACCCUGCUGCCUUUGAGUGUCUCAGAGAUAUCGACUUGGAACAGGAAUGUCUCGAUCAUGCAGUGGAAGGGGACUGCAUGGUCCACACGCGCUGGUGUCACGACAUGACUGGUGAGGAAUAUGGCCGAAUCUACUCUUGGGGUAAUGAUCCGAAGCGGAGAGGCGAGUAUGAGGGUGCCAGCCCAUGUCAUCACGUGGAUCUGCCUCAGACCGUGUUUGAGCCCAUCAUAGUUCAGCGGGCGGCAGCUCAAGGGUGGGACGUCAGGUUUCGUACAAGCUUUGUUGACUUCAAGAAAGAAGACAAUGGCAAAAUCCUAAGUCGAAUCCGAGAUGACUUGACAAAGACGGAAUACCUGGUUCGAUCAGAUUACUUGUUUGGCUGCGAUGGGGCAAGGAGUCAAGUGCUUAGAGAACUCCAGAUCCCUCUGAUCAAGAAGCCUGGUCAAGGUCUGGCUCUCAAUGUGCUGGUAAAGGUUGAUUUGAGCGAGUACGUGGACGCCAGAAGGGGGAACUUGCAUUGGGUUUUCCAACCAGAACGAGAAUAUCCCGACUUUGCCUGGAAUGGUUUGAUUCGAAUGGUCAAGCCGUGGCAUGAGUGGAUGUUCAUUCUCUUCCCGAAGCCAGGAGUGGAAUACAAAGAGCCGACUAUGGAACAGUACACGCAAAGAUGCAAAGAGAUUGUCGGACGAGACGACUUGCCACUAGAAGUGCUCGACGUGUCGAAAUGGUAUAUCAAUGAGAUCGUGGCAGAAUACUACUCGGAUGGAAACAUCUUUUGUCUGGGCGAUGCUGUACACCGACAUCCUCCAUUCAAUGGUCUCGGAUCCAAUACUUGCGUCCAAGACGCCUUCAACCUAGCUUGGAAGAUCAAGUACGUCUCACAGGGACUUGCAUCACCUACAAUCCUCGAUACUUUCAGCACAGAGCGACAACCGGUGGGCGUGGGAGUGAUUACCCGUGCAAACCAAGGCAUUCGUGACCACGUCCCUGUUUGGAAAGAGAUGGGUCUGAUGGAAGAGACGGUGGAGAAGAGGAUGGAGAUCUUCAACAGUCUCAAGACCGCCACUCCGGAGGCUCGAGAACGCAGAAAGCGAGUGAAUGCGGCCAUUGAAGGGACGAGUCACGAGUUCCAUGGUAUCGGCGUGGAGAUGAAUCAUCACUAUGACUCCGAGGCAGUGUAUGUGGCAGAUGAGGUCAAAGCAGGCAGGACGAAACCGGGAUGGCCCGAGGAUCCUAUCUUGCACCACAAGGUCAGCACAUUCCCGGGCCAUCGAUUGCCUCAUGCGUGGUUGAACAAGACAAUGCCGGAGAAGGAUCAUACUUCCACCAUCGACCUCGCUGGACAUGGCCGGUUCUGCCUGAUCACCGGUAUUGGAGGCGAGAAGUGGAUUAAGGCUGCACAGAAGGUGUCUCAGCAACUUGGUAUCGAGAUCAAGGCUUACAGUAUUGGUUGGGGACAGGAGUACGUGGAUGUGUAUCGUGAUUGGGAACGGAGAAGAGAGGUCGAAGAAGAUGGCUGUGUGCUGGUGCGCCCUGAUCGUUUCGUUGCGUGGCGGUCUAUGGAGCUGAGUGACAAUUGUGACCAGAAGUUGGGAGAGGUCAUGAAGGCCGUGCUUGGGAAAUCUUGAUAUUUCGUACGAUAUGUGAGGCUUGGGAUAAUGAAGAGUGCAUAAAUUUGUUUUUACCUGGCCUGGGACAUAUUCUGCAUACACCAGGAAGAGGUGUAUAUUGCAGGAUUUUCUACGAUUGGUGGUGUUGAGG